UACUUGGAUGAGCUGAUCGUAAUGAGGAGACAGGAAACCCAGCCAGCCAGGCCAACAGCAGGCUGCCUGUCUGUGCCGCUCUUUAACCAGAAGAAAAGAAACAGAAUUCCUUUGACAUCUGCUCCCUCUGAGAAUGAAUUCUUCUCCCACAGUGAAUACACGGCAAGCACCAGCUCAGCUGCAUCUCUCAGCACAUCAGGUACCUAUGGGUGUUACCAGGCCUCUGGUCCCGUUUCUGGUGCUCCACAAAGCCACCAGUGGAACAGGCAGGGUAUCCCUCAAUCUACUCCACCCCAGCAGUAUGGCAGCAACAGGCCUGCUCCUGGGCCUGCCCCUGCAAUGAGAACCUAUACACCUGUACCACAUCCGUACAAAGCUGGAGGCACAAGCUCUAAGAUGGGACAGCCCAGCAGCUCAGUGAGACAACAGGAUUUCAGCCCCGGUGUUAACUCCAGACAGAGCAACUAUCAAGCCCCACACAUCAGGGAGAGUGCACAAAACAAGGCAACACCACAUACUGGGUUCUCUCAGAUGGGACAGCAGUCAUCUUACAGGCCCCCCAAUCCCACACAGAGACCUGCGCCCGCUCCUGUCCCACCACCCAGCAGGCCCUCUGCUUGUGCAGCACAGCCACAAAGCAACUCCUGGAACUUUACUAACAGCUUUGGGCCACAGAGAUCCCCGUUUCAAGGAAACAGGAGCACAAAUAAAUGUCAGACUGUGCGACAAACUCAGGGCACACUUCCAGAAAAGCCAGCCAUGGAAAACUCACUAAGGAUCCUGACCGCAGUUAUUGAUGGCAUGAGACACUGGAGUCAGUUUAAGGACAAAGUCCCGUACUUAUUUGAGAUAUUUGCUACUCUCGACUCUGCAGUCACUCUGGGUUGUCACGGAGCCAAGAACUUCCUCAUGAGAGACGGUAGAGAGGUUGUUCAGUGCGUCUUCUAUGAAAAUGAGCAGGAGCUGCCCCGUCUCAUCCGUGGUCAAGUUCACCGCUGUGUGGGAAACUAUGACCGCAGCAGAGAUGUCCUGAUGUGUGUAUCUGUCAGACCCGGCCUGCCGUCAGAGCUGAGGAACGCACAGGAGGCUGUCAAAGCCUGCGAUGCAGAAAUGAGGGCGCUGGUCAAAUCACUCAGUGAAGUCUGA